AUGGAGUUCAUGGAAGAAAAUGAUUCUUCAUCAGGGACAGAGAAGGUUGAGAUAAAUCAGGUCCCAGACUUACUGACAGAAUUCGAUGCUUCCUUCAGGAGAGGCGAAUAUGUAGUGGCACAAGCAAGAAUAAAGACCGCAUUGAUAUCAAUUGAGGAGGCAUUUCCAAAUCAGCAUGAUGACUUGUGGAUUGAUGCUUCCCUCAAAUUUUCUCGUGUCCUGGCGAGAAGAAAUUUGUUUUCAAAUGCAUUACAGAUAAUCGAGAAGGUAAUUCAAGUGACCCUUAAGCUGGCUCCUCGUGUCGACCAUGUUUCUGUGCUGGAGCCGAAACUGGAGCUAUGCAUUUGCCUUUUACAUUCCGGCAGCUACGAUCGAGCUUUUGAAUUGUUGCAGCAAUUAAGUGAAUGGGAUCUGACAUCGAAAUUGGAUGAGAAACAUCCAUUACUUGCCAAGAUGAAUUAUGCGUUAGGAGUGAUGUAUUCCGUGCAGGGCCACUGUGUAAAAGCUGAAGAGUACUUUCUGAAAUCCCUGAAAUCACGUGAGAGUGGAACAAAUGAGCUGGAAGACGAAUAUUUCGCAUCCAAAUGCUCUUUGAUAUCAACAUAUUUUGCACAGGACAAAUUUGAAUUAGCAGAAAAAGAGAUAGGAUCCACAAUGAUACAGGUUGAAGAUAGCAUGGGCAAAGGAUCGUAUCAUAAGGCCGAGUUGAAUUACUUGCUUGGAAGCAUACUUCUUUUGAAGGCUAACUACAGAGGAAGUGAUCAUGCGUUCAGGGAGACUCAAAGACUUUUGAAAGCAUGCAUCGGUGAUCAGCAAAGUUCCCUGCAUUACCUUUUCCUUCUCACUUCCUCAAAGUUAGCAGAAAAAAGUCUAGCACAGAGAAGGCUCGAAGAAGCUGGAUUCAUUUAUGAAAAGCUCAUGGAAUCUCUUAAACGGACUGAGCUUGAUCUGCAAAACUCAGUUUGGGUCAGUGAAAUCAAAGAGAGGUACUUUUUCUUACUUGAGAGCCUUGGAAAUGUAGAUGAUGCAAUGAUACAACUUGAAGAGGCCCUGGAUAUACGUAAGCAGAUAUCUGGGCAUGAAAUCUCGUCAACAUUUCAUCUUUAUGUAUUUUAUGCUACGCAAGAGAUUUCGUUGGGCCGCUUUACCUCUGCAUACACCACGAUACAGCAUUUGGAUCAUAUCAAAAUCAAUUCUGAACUCUUCUUGAACUCGCAGGAAGCUGCCUUGGAGACUGUCAAGGCCAAAUUUACUUUUAUAAGAGAUGUGGACUUAGACAGAGCGGAGCAGCAUGCACGGCGAGCUUUGUUUCUGAAAGAAGAGAUCGAGGGUAAGGAGCAUCCGUCGGUCGCAUACGCGAAGGUCUUGUUGAGUAACAUCUUGAUUCAACGCAGAAAGUAUCAUGACGCCGAUGGCUUACUCCGUGCAGCUCAUGGCACAUUAACUAUCAUGUUUGGAAAAUCUUCGCCGCACAUAUCGGAUGUUCUCAGGAUUCAAGCUCAAAUGAUGAUCGCCAAAUUUGAUAUAGAGAGAGUAGAAGAGCCCUUGAGAGAAGCACUCAUUAACGACUCAAGUACAGAAAUCGCUGCGGCUUUCUUGGAAGGAAAGGAAGAUGUGACGUUGCCGAAAUUUGCAAAUGUUGUCAACAUCUUAGAGGAUUUGGAAGUAAUGGGAAACUUGUACAUUUUGAAAGGGAACUUUUCUGGUGCAUAUUUUGUCUACCGGCAAAUGAGCUUGUUGGCAGAGUAUAUCUUUGGUCUGAAUGUUAAUCAUCCGCUUACAGCUAAAGCCUUAAUUGGUUUAUCCAUGACGAAACAAAGAAGAGGUGAGUACGUGGAGGCUUAUGACCUUUGUAAACGGGGCGUGGAUAUGCUUGUUGGUAUGUUUGGCACAAGGCAUCCUCAAGUAUUUCGAAAUACAUUUCAUCUUCUCGAAAUUCUGGAACUAGCUGGAGAUUUUGCUGAAGCAGUAGAUCGUUGCAACAAUUUGAUGGAAGCAAUAGAGGGUAAUUCAGUUUUCUCAGAAAUUGAUUUGUAUCGUGUAGCAGCCUAUCGGGCAAGGUACGAAUACGAAAUGGGCGAAAAACAUAGGCCAUCACUGGAAUUGCGACGAUUAUUUUACAGCCUUGAAACAAGUAUUGGAUUCGGAUCCCUCCUGAAACCAAAGAAGGAUGAGCAGGGCAAAAAUGAAACUGAAGGUGUUGAACAUGAUUCCAUCCAGACCAACAUGAAACGACAGACAGUAGUUCUGCAGGCUCAGAUUUUGCUGUGGAUCGCCGAGCUUGAGUUGAGCAGUUUUCGCUUGGACAAGGCCCAAAAAUUGACCCUCGUUGCAAUGCAGAUCUUGAAAAAUUUUCGAAAAAUUGGAACACAUGUUUUGUUACAAGCCAAUUCCAUGCGAAGCAUGAUUCAAAUAUCAAAGGGGAAAUUUACCGAUGCUUUGAACAUUUUGAACUUUUCGGAAAGAGGAGAAAUAAGUGCGGUUUCGAACUCUGCUUUGAAGCAGAAUGGGGCGACGUCUCUCGUUGAUUUGCAGGCACUGAGUGCGACUGAAAAUCGACUCAAGUCCAGAAAUGCUCAUCGUGGCAAGACUCUAUAUUUACUGUCAGGACUUCUCACUCGAAUGGGCCUGUACGAGGAUGCCUAUCUCGCUUUGAGUAACUCAAGAGCCCUCCAUCUUGGGUUCAAUCCUUCAAGCCUGAAUUUACUUUACAUACAGCUUACUCAAGCAACCUUAGAUCUAGAUUGUGGGUUUGUCCAACCUGCACGAGAGGCUCUUGAAAGCGUGCUGGACAAGAGCAGAGGCCUUCAUAAUCAUCCAUUGCGUAUUGAAGCAUUCUGUGAAAUGUGCAGACUUGAAAUGAUUGAGAGGGACUUUCAACAAGCUGCAAGAAGAAUACAAGAAGGAAAUCGUGCGGUCGAUGACAACAUCAAUUUAGGGCUCACCCAAGCAAGAAAGAAACAUCGAUCUGAUGCAGCCGAAAAUGCCUUUCAGAAAAUAGGCAAAAAGUCAAAAAAUCUUGAAAAACUUCUUCGAGGUUUGAUGAAUUUUGCAUGGGAACAGAUUGCUACAGAAAUUCGAGAACAUCCCAUCAAAAGCUAUGCACAAGAGAUGAAUGCCAUCUUAGCUCUCAACAUUGGCGAUCUUAAGCAUGCAGAAAUGAUUGUCGACAAACUGAUUCAAGAAUACUCUCAACAAAAUCCAGCAUUAGCAUCAAAUGAAACUCACCCUCUUGUGGCCAAAUGUUGGACGAUCAAAGGAAAGAUCAGAUUCCGUAACGGUCUAUACAAAGAAUCGAUGACAUUGUUUGUCAAAGCGCUGAAAGGAAAAGAGCAUGGAGGCCUUGAUGCAGGCCAUACUUCAAAUGCAGAAGAUUAUGAAGGCAUAGCUCAAUGCUUUUGGUCUUUGGGUGACUAUAAUCAAGCAAUUCAAAAUUUUCGAAAAGCAAAAACACUUCGCAGAAAUGCUUCAAAGAAUGCCAAAACGAUAGAAUCAAUCGCCGUUGAUAUUUCAUUGUCGAUCACAUUUCUUGAGCAAGGCAGAAAUCGAAUUUAUGACGGAUCAACUCCCAACGACAAUCUUGACGAAUUGGGGAAAGUUGAACAUCUUCAGAAGAUGUGGUUUUUGCCUCAGACAGACGUAAAGGAGAGGGUCUUGUAUGAACAUUCUUUGCUUGAUGCGGCGUCUCGUUGUGCUGUAUUAGAAUUUGAAAAGGACGAUGUCUUGCUGGAGCGUGACAGUCCUAUGGAUUUCAUUCUGAUUGUUGUUCGUGGUGCAAUUCGAGUGGUUGGGGUAGACAACGAAGUGAUUAGAAUUGUGAGGGAAGGAGAGCUUUACGGUGAAUUCGAAAUGUUACUGCAGAUAUCGACACACAACUCGCUCUAUGCAUCCGAGGAUGGAAUAGCACUUGUAGUGACCAAAGAAGCAAUCAAACUCAUAUUUAGUUCAACUGCCAACAUGGUUCAUGAUGUUUGCAAGAAUUUAACUAUGGAAAUUCAAUUGACGAAAUCGUUUUCGAUUCCCGAUCUGAGUGACGGAGAGGGAAAUAUUCCGAUGGACGAAAUUGUGAAGAAUUUAAGGCAAAUGCUGCAAAUGGAUAACACGAUAGCUCGGUCAGAGUCAUCUGAAUUUGUGAAAUCUCAAUUUCGCAAUGCAAGUACGAAGCAACUGAGACGUAGUGUCAUCUUGCGAAGGGGAAGUGUGUAUGUCGAUGCUCUAGAUGAAGAAACAGGCAAGGAUGAGGAGACCCGUGUGGGGACUGACGACGUGACUUCCCUACUAAGAUCUUUGCAUAAGUUGACGCGCAAAAAAACCAGCUUACUAUCAGAGGCUCAUUUUGUCUACGGCCUGUUGUGUUCUAGUCAGUAUCGGUACCAUGCAGCUGCUCGAGAACUGCUCUCAUCCCUUCAAGCAUGCGGGGAGAAUUCCUUCGGCUCAUGCUAUUUCUCGAUAUCCCGCAUAUUAUUCGAAUAUGUCAGGGUCAUGGUUGUGUUGGGUAAACAGGAUGAAGCGAUUGAGGCUCUUCAAUUCCAUUCGACAAAACUUCUGCAGGUGAUCAGGAGUGAGCAUGUCGAAUUUUUCCUCAUCCACCUCGGUUACAUGCAUGUGUAUCUUUGCUUGGGGGAUCCAAUCAUGGCUGAACAAUCUCUGAUGUCAGCUCAACAGAUCAGUAAGAGUUUUUAUUCUGCCAGACACCCGAGGAUCAACUUGCUGUUAUCGUCAACAGCAAGACUCAGUCAGUUAAGAGGUCAGUACCACAAGGCCUUGGAAUGCUAUUACCAGUCCAUUGAGCUAAAAAAACUUGCUGGUUUUGACGAGUACCAUGCUUUGAUCGCUGAGGAUCAAGAGGGCAUUAGCAACUGCCUUGCCAUGCAAGGAAGAUACAGGGAAGCGGAUGAGGCGUUGGAAACCGCAAUCGCAGCAAGGUCGCAGAAGACGCAGGCAGAACGAGCAAAUCAGGCAAUACAAAUAUGCAAUCGGCUUUAUUGCCGAACGCACCCCCUUUACAUCGAACUGCUCUGCUUCAUGGUUGGAUUAAAUUUCAACUAUGGGAGGCACGACCAUAUGAUUCAGGAAGAAUUGGAGUCUAUAAUUACAGACAUGAAGCGAGCAUACCCCACUGGUCAUAUCCUCUACUACCUUGUUGAUGGUGCCAUUGGCAUUUUUGAGCGGAGAAAGCACAACACGUUUGGUGCCCUACUUCUCUUUCAACAAGCAAUACAAGGAUAUCAGUCAAUCCUUGAUAACAAAGAAGAAUAUUCAGACAAUUGGAAAUCAUUAUCUCUGAAGAUUGAGCUGAUAGGUGUCUUGUUGGAUUUGAACAUGAAUUUACAAGCUGCCAAAGAGGUCGAGGAUUACUUUCUUUCGAUUGAAGAAUUCUUCGCACAGAACUCUGAUGUUGAGUCCAUUCCAGAAUCAAAAUCUGAUAUGGACUUGAACGAUGACGUAGAAGGUGACGAGAUCGAGGAUGGCGGUGUGGUUUCAGAGGAAUCGCAGCAAAAAGCAGUUUUUGAUAUCCACAAUCUCUCAAAGGAUCCAGCCAAAAGCGAUGGUCAUGUCAAGAAGCAAUGGCUUGCUGUCCACCAAGUUGCAGGAGGAGAAUCCAAGAAAUUCAAAAUUGGAUCACGUCCGCACAACUCGAAGCUCGAUCCUUCCAUACCGGUACAGAGAGAUGCUGAUUCACUCAAUUUGACCAAUGACUCUGUGGACGGAGCGACAUCGGCACGUCAACUUCUUCCCACAUUAGAAGAAAGUCCAGAAGUGUGGGAGGGAAAUGCUGGAGAAAUACUUGAUUUCCGAUUCCCACAAUUGCUCGACAUCAUAUCGAAAGAGGGUCAGGACGGUGAUUCAAAAUUUCCUUCCUCACUGCACCAAAACAUCGAUGUCAUUUCAAUGGAAGAUAUGGUGGAGGGUUUGGGAAUCAACCAUUUCUUCCAAGGAGCCACUUUGGAAGAGCCAUGGGAAUGCCUGCAUGAAACUCAAUUCAAAGAGCUUCUUGUUGUUGAGGUCCCUGCUUUUCCUCUGCAGAUCGUUCUCUUGGUAAAGAUGUGUGCAUUUCAGUUUGCAUUGAAGAGUAUACGUCACUUCAGAGCUGUUGUUGGACAGGCAGGGAACAGUGACCAUCCAUUUCUCCUUGACAGCCAGCUGCUUGAAGCUAUCUGCCUCUGUGGCCUCGGUCAUUACAGCUCUGCAGAAAUUCUUCUGGAAAAAUGCUUCACAACAAGUGUCGAUGCACGUGUGCACGGAGAGCAACGAAUGAUUGAUUUUAGGCACGACGUGCUGAAGGCCAAGGGUGAGCUAAGUGAGCUCAAGCAGGACUAUGAGCGAGCAGCAGAGCUCUAUCUGCAAGCCGUGGAACCAUGGAUACAGCAGGGAGAGACUGACCACCCCUCCGUCAUAAAAGCGCAGAUGCAUGUUGCCAGAGUUCGCUGGAAAACAGGCAUGAUGAAUGAUUCCCUAAAUCAUGGCAUUGCAAGCUUGUCGCGCAUCGUAGGGCAGAAUCAUUUCGAUGUUGCAAACCUUGAGAUCGACCUCGCAGAUAUGAUGACUCGUUUUGAGCAUCUGCUUGAUGACGCCGAAAGCCUCUACUUGCAUGCCAGUGACAUCCUCCUUCAGACGACAGGAGAAGACCACCCGGUCUUCGCCCGCUGUUCAGUUGGACUUGCCAAUCUUUACGACAUUCGGGGACCAGCAGGGAAGAAAUAUGCCCAGGUCAUGACAAGCUUGACCAAGUCUCUGUCCACGAUUGUGAGAAUUUAUGGUCGCCGACACGCCAUGUUAUACCCCGUUCUGCAAACAUAUCAAGAGGUUUGUGAGAGAAGGCUUAUGCCUAACCAUGUUCGUUUUCUACAAGAGUGGGUGAUCGAGAUUUUAAUCAACACUAUUGGACACACCAGCGAAAGAGUAGAUGACGCAAAAAAUCGCUUGAUUGCGAUUUUGAUCAAGAAUGAAGACUUUCAGCGAGCUAGGACGUUGUUAGAUGAGAUGUUGGCAAAAAAAGAAGCGGCUUAUGGCAACUUGGACCAAAGCAUAUCGCAAAUCAUUCUUCGGAUUGUUGACCUUGAGAUGCAAGCUGCGGAGAGGAUUCAGAAUGAGCAGCAAGAAAAGGCCAUUUUGCAGAGCGUCAUUCCAUUGUUACAACGGUCCAUAUCAAUCAAGCUUAAUGCUCAUUCGCUGCAUGCCGAAGGAGGUUUCAACAGUGCAUGCUGCCCAGAGCUGAAGCGACUAGCAAGAGUUCACGCAUUGCUGCUGGAAUGGAAGAAUUGCGAGUACUACAUGGGCAAGGCAGUUCAACUCCUUACGAAUGAGAUGAAUCAGGCCAGAGAUGCGUCUUGUCGGAUUUCUCAACAUCAGCAGAAGUUGCAUGAGUCAGCAAAGGAACAUUUUCGCGGUGCCGUGAUCGAGCUAGCCGAUUGUCUCCGCCUUCUGGGGAGCUUCAUGGGGGAGAAAGGAAGCAUUCUUGAGGCCUGCGAGGCCUAUGAACAAGCGCUUUCAUUGCUUCGGAGUGAACUUGGUAGUGACCAUCCGCAGUGUGAGGCUAUCAGGUCAACACUUGCAUCUUUACAUCGGGCACAGAAAGCAUACACGCAAGCUCAGAAGCUCUUCUGA